GAAGACCUAUUCUUGGUGGCUCCUACUGGGUGAUGGUGAGAACGACGAGUUGAUCCGAAUGAAACGAGUGUUGCUGCAGCCCAUGCAUGUGACUAAGAAAGUGGUGUUUGACUUUGAAGCGCCAGAGAUGGAAGAGGGGGAAGAAGAGGAGAGCUUUGUCUUGAACUUGAUGUGCUGUAGUGAUAGUUUCCUGGGCUUGGAUCAGCAAUACGACUUGGAAAUUGCAUUGUUGCCAGCGGAAGAGGAGUGAGUCACGACGUCAAAUAAGUCAAACAACAUCCACGGUAGGCUUUGAAUUCGACUUGUUAUUUCAGUGAUUUUUAGACGCAAGAAGGAUAAGAAGCAAGGAAGAUCAUGAUUUCCACUUCCAGGGAUCGGGAGUCAUUUUAACCAAGUAUUCCAUUGUUUGAACCGCUAUACGUAGAGACGAACGAUGGCGAUGCCGUCAUCAGUAUGAACGCACAAUCACCAACAAACACAAAGCAUUCGUAGCGUGUUCUUUGGGGAAACACAACGAAGUCAUCUUCGCUUUCUCACAUCUAAGUACAACCAAGAGACCGACAAACCCCAUAAAAAUGAGUUUUUCAAAGAGACAUUUGUAUUUGAUCCUACUCGGAAGUUUCUUCUCUGACUCUGUACCAGGAACAAAUAAUUCUUGUGCGUCCGUCGUCUAAAGGCAAGUUCUUUCGUAUGAGGUGCUACUUCUCGUGUAGGUGAGGGAGUGCGAAAAUGUAUGGAAAAAUGUAGAGAGACUAUUUCCUCGUCCCGUACCCCAAAG